AUGAGUGGUAGUCUGAGUGGAUUCAGACAGGUUAUCACAAUGUCUGGCAGCAGCAAAUACAAUCUGAAGUGGAACUCCCACCAUGUGGAGACAUUUGCCAAUUUCGACACCCUUCGCAAUAGGGAAAUGUUGGUGGAUAUCACCCUAUCAUGUGAUGGCCAGCCUCUCAAGGCGCACAAGUUGGUCCUGUGUGCCGGGUCGGGCUACUUCGAACGGGUGCUCCAACGUGAUAGCAGUCAGAACCCUGUGUUUUAUUUCUUUGGGGUGGAUGCCCACCUGUUGAAGUUCCUGAUCGACUUCAUGUACCUCGGGGAAGUGGAUGUCCCCUCAGUGGAUCUGGAGAGGUUCAUUCAGUUGGCCGAAGCCCUGGAGGUGAAGGGAUUGAAGGGCGACCGUUCCAAGACGGCUCAAAACUCGGUGGCUGCGCACAGUGCGAGCGGGGCGACCAUCCCGGUCUCGGACAUCCAGGAUGCCCUGGCCCACAAGCGUAAGGCCUACAGCGAGGACUUCCACUAUUCUCCUGGCAGCGUGAAGAUGCCUCGACGGGGUCUCUGCCCCCCUGCUGGCCCCUCGCAGAAGAAGGCUCGAGUGAGACACAACCUCAUUUCAGUAUGUCUGGACGAGACCUCUUCUGGUCUUGAAUCAAAAGGUUCUGCCGCGAGCCAAUCCGCAGCUGCCUCUGCAUCCAAUUCUGUGAUCUCUACACCGAGUCCGAGUGCCAAUCCAGCCGCAGACGAGGCUGUCGUCAAAGACGAAGUCGUGGACGUGGAAGACGACUCCAUGCCUGGUGAAAGCUAUGGGCAGUCGGGGGAUCAGGAGGAGUGGGACGAGGAGUCGCAGUCUUCGUACUACCCGGAAAGCGAACUGGCGACGGGGAGCAACCAGGAAUUGCCGCAGAACAUCCCGCCGGAAGUCGAUCCUUCGACAAUCACAGCCCACAGUGAAUAUGUCUGGAGUGGACACCAGUUGGGUCAUCACACGAAGCUGUGGUUCUGUGGUGCAUGCUCCUACAAGAAUGUGAGAAAGGGCCACAUGGAGCGACACGCUCUGCAGCACUCCGGCGAGAAACCGUUCGUGUGCCGCUCUUGUGGAAAGUGUUUUCGACAGCACACGCAUCUGGUCGGCCAUUCGACCAUAAGAGCAAAUUCAGACUCUGUGUGGAGUGGGUACACAAGAGAAAUGAGGAAGGUGUGGUUCUGUGGUGCCUGCGGGCACGUGAAUCCGAAGAAGGCCAACGUCGCGCGGCACGCCCUCGUUCACUCGGGAGAGAGGCCGUUCACCUGUGCCGAGUGCAGGAGGAGCUUCAGCCGACAGGACAAUCUCCUGAAGCAUCGGACAGUUAGAGCGGAUACGGACUAUGUGUGGAGCGGAUACACAGGAAACAUGAUGAAGGUUUGGUUCUGCCGAGUCUGUGGGUACCUCAAUCCAGGCAAGGGCAAAGUCACACGUCACGCCUUCACGCACUCGGGAGAGCGGCCGUUCACCUGCACCGAAUGCGGGAAAAGCUUCAGCCGACGAGACAGACUCAUUGGUCACCAGGAUUCUGAAAUCUGCCGAUCAGCCAUAAAUGUGAAACCUGUGCUACAAAUCUCAUUCCAGACAGUUACCCCAGGUACGGACUACGUAUGGAGCGGACACACAAGAGACCUGAAGAAGCUGUCGUUCUGUGGCGUCUGCGGAUACCACAGUCCGUACCGGGCCACAGUGACCAGGCACGCCCUCACGCACUCGGGAGCGAAGCCGUUCGCCUGCCCGGAAUGCGGCAAGGGCUUCAGCCGACGGGACAGCCUCAUGUGUCACGUGGUCGCGCUGCAUCCGAACCCCCUGCAGUGA